AUGUAUAAGGCCCUGGGUUUAAAGGUAAUAGAAGCAUUGGCGAAGAAUUCUUUGUCACUAGAAUUUGAUGAUCUCCAUGAAGGCUUUGUGUAUUAUUGUCCAGAUGCAGAACAGGCAAGCAGCUACCUUGGAGCUGGACUAGAGUGUUCUUCUGUAUUUAUUGAAUUAGUACAUGAUCAGCAGGUGGAUGGACUGGGGGGCUAUUAUCUAGAACAUCGCCACUUCACUCUUGUAAUUGUACUAACUUUUCUU